CACAAAAAAUCAAUACCAUUGCAUAUUGAAUCCAUACCAAUACAUGCAAAUUAAUACCGUUACAUGAUAAUCAAUACCAAUGCGACAAAAACAAUACCAAUGCAAAAAAACACUAACACUACGAAAAAAUCACUACCAAUGCGGGAAAAAAUCAGAUCUAGGGUUUUUAUUCAUCCCACCUUUUCCAGCGCACAACCUAAAAACUCAACUACCAGUCUCACAGAACAACAAGAUCGAACCUAACAGACACCAAAGGGAGGAAGAAAAAAAAUCAGAAAGCAGAAAAAUCCAACCUGAGGAUCCUGGACGUCGUGGUAGAAAGGCGAAGCGGUGUGGAAGACGUCGUCGCAGCCCUGGACGCCGGAAAGGGGUCGACCACGUCCUGGACUCAAAACUCGACUCCUAUUUCAGGGAGGAGAUAUGCAGAGUUCUCAACAUUGGGAUCCUCUGCACGAGCCAUCUACCCAUCAACCGGCCCUCGAUGAGGAGGAUCGUGAAGCAGCUGCAGGAGAUCGGGGGAGAAGCUCAGCCGAAGACCGCGGGGAAGAAAGAUGUCAAGCCGACGCCGUACUACUACGAGGAUGCCACUCGGAUCAAGGGAGUGUAGCAUGAUUUUGGGAAGAGAUGAUUUUGAGAAUCUGGCCGGCGGAGUGACGCCGACGGGGGUGGGAGAAGGGAGAGACGGCGGCUAGGUAGAUAGGUUGUAUUAGGGUUUGAGUAUAAUAUAUACAGUAAUCAGGUGUGGUAUGUUUUUCAUUUCCUAAAUUGCCAUUAGCUAAUCUUAAUCGUUAAUUAAAAAUAUAAUAAAAUAAAGAUAAUGAAUGGUAUAGAUGUUGGUAGCCACCGUGAUUACUCAAAAUUGAGUAACCACCCUAACCUAUUCCUUGUCUUAAUAAUACAUAUAAAGUCUUCAU